CUCGGGUUUCGCCUGUCGGGCUUUGUAGACGCUUUCGGCGCUCGGUCUACGUGUCCACCAGGCCGCGGAGCAGCGCGUUCGUCGCUGCUCAACGUCCACCAUGAGGCUUCUGGGAAUAUUGUGUCUCGGUCUGGUCAUCUGCAUUGCACAGUCUGAGGGUGAGACAACUGAGCAUGCCCAGCACAAGCUGCCUGAUGACGGAGAGCCUACAGCGGUUCCAGGAGCAACGUCAGAAACCUUGGGUGCGCCGACUGAAGCUACUAUGCCAGAAUCAUUCGACGAUUUGACCAUUGCCCAAGACUAUGAGGAUUACUCAGCUCUGGAUUAUAAUGAUGAUGAUGACGUUCACGGUCGUACGGGCGUUGACGUUCCUCAAGGUGACAUGGCAGUAGCCGAGGAGAGAAUAGGUUAUGUCCCGCAACAUGCUGGCAAGGCUGCUCCAGCCCAUCAUCCAGCUUACCCGCCAGGACAUGGUCCAGCGCAUGGUCCAACUCAUGGUUCAGCUCAUGGUACAGCUCAUGGUUCGGCUCAUGGUCCAGCUCAUGGUCCAGCUCACGGUCCAGCUCACGGUCCAGCUCACGGUCCAGCUCACGGGCCAGCUCACGGGCCAGCUCAUGGUCCUGCCCACGGUCUUGCCCACAAACCAGCUCCCGUACCUCCGAGCGCGCCCAGAGGCCACCAGAUAGUCGUCGAGGUGCCCGUGGUCAAAGUCCACAUCGUACGUCCAAAGUCCAAGAAGCUAACCACGGAGCAAAAGCGACUGCUUCCCGUAAGAUGCAACAAGAACCAACGCUACAGGACCUACGAUGGUUCCUGCAAUAACCUCAACUACGCCUGCUGGGGCCGGUCCGGCGAAUCUUAUGGUCGCCUACUAAAGCCCAUGUACGGAGAUGGACGUGGCCACAUGCGAACCGGAGAGUAUGGCCGCUCGUUGCCAAACGCUCGCCUGCUAUCACUGGUCAUCACUGGAGAGGGAUACCAGACGAGCGACACCACCUACACGCAGCACUCAGAUAUGCUUCCGCACUUCGGACAGCUGAUUGCCCAUGACGUCACGUUCGCUGGAGAGUUCAUGGAAGACACGGUCGUCAAUGGGGUAGUAAAGCAAAAACCCCCUUCAUGCUGCAAGGGUGGAAGCCAUAAAGAGGGUUGCGCAUCCAUUAUGGUUAACCACGUCGAUGACUUCUACCCUUCUGGUCACUGCAUCGAGGUGGUCCGCUCUGGAUAUUACAAUUCCAGCCGCACCUCAUGUUCCAAGAACAGCCCUGGGCUGUACCGCGAACAGCUGAACACUGUAACGUCGUUCAUUGACGGAAGUUGCAUGUACGGCAACAACGCUGAGGAUGCAAAGAAGUUGAGGUCGGAGAACGGCAAAGGAGCCAAACUGGACGUGGACAAAUCCAGCUUGUAUAUACCGAAAGGUCUUCUUCCCAGAAUAAAUGAGGGCGAGUGCUUCAGUUUUCUGCCUGGCUGUGACAACAAGUGCUUCCAUGCUGGUGACAAGCGUGCGUCCCUUACGCCGAUGAUCGCCUCACUGCAAACGUUGUUUGUACGGGAGCAUAACCACAUUGCGGAGGAACUGAAGAAGAAAGGAUGGCCAAACGAGAAAAUUUACCAGGUUGCCCGGAAAAUAGUUGGGGCCUGCCUGCACGUGAUUGCGUACAAGGAGUACCUACCGCGUAUCCUGGGACCUCGUUUGGUAGAAGCCUACAAACUGAGUAUCCCUACCGCCUCUUACUACUACAAUCACUCGCUGAAUCCGUCGGUGCUGAACGAGUUCGCUGCGGGAGCCAACCGACUUCCGCACGCUGCUGUGGGCAGCAAGUUCCACAGGGAAGGCCAGAAGUGUUACCACACGUCGCGCACGUCGUACGACCUCAACGCCAUGGACGACUUUUGCAAACCCAAGUCCGAUCCUGUUCGAUCUAUUCUGAUGGGAGCUUGUUACAACAACAUGCAACAGCAGGAUACACUUUACAGCAAGGAGAUCACGCGCUUCCUGUUCGCCAGUCCCCCGAAUCAGUACGGGAAGGAUCUUCUGUCCAUGGACAUAGUACGGGGCCGUGACCACGGUCUGCCUCCUUACAAUUACUUCCGCAAGCUGUGCGGGUUGCGGCCAGUGUACAGUUUUGACGAAUUCAAGAAAGAGAGCAAAUCAGUUGACAUUGUCAACAAGCUCAAGGCUGUCUAUGGAGACUACUUUGAAGACCUGGACCUCAUUGUAGGCCUGAUCAUGGAGCGGCCAGUGCACGGGUCAAUGUAUGGUCCUACCACCGUCUGCAUCAUGGGGGAACAGUACUACAGACUCAAAUACGCCGAUCGUUUCUGGUUUGAAAACCUGUAUCAUCCUGGAGCGUUCAACAAAGAGCAAGUCAAGGACAUCAUGAAAAUUACUCUGGCUACGUUGAUUUGCAAGAAUACCGACAUAGAGUACAUCCAGCCGGAUGUGUUCAGUAUGCCUGGAAAAGGAAACGAGAAGAUGAGCUGCAAGAGAAUUAUCGCCCAGUCGGACUACAACUACAACCUCUACAAAUGAAACUGAGAGAAUAAAAUUAAUGUGCAAAGCA